GCUUUAUCAACGCCGAGUGCACGAACCUGAUCAUUGGGGACCAGAUCUGCGUCAGCGAGCCAGCUUCUGGGAACUCGACCGUCACGACCCCGACGCAGGCUACUUCGACCAUGUCCACCCCAUACGCGACAGCCACGGUGGCCCCGCCAGGCCCGGUAGCCAGGGGUACAACUACAAAAUGUGGAAGGUAAUCAGUUCCCACCAUCUCCACUCUCACCAUCCCAGUCCGAACAUAUCACGCUAAUAUACAUCAUGACAGGUACUACCUCGUCCAAUCCGGUGAUUACUGUCAGCGCAUCGCCUCGAACGCUGGCAUCAGCCUGGAACUAUUCCGAGCCAUGAACCCAGACCUGAAUGCCGACUGCACGAACCUCAUUUCCGGUCUAUACUACUGCACGCUCCCGACAGCCGACUGGAACAAGCCGUCCACUACAUUGACCACCACCACCACUUCGGUAUACGUGUCUGCUCCUGCUCCAACGGCCAGCGGGACCACGCCGAACUGUUACGAGUGGUACGUCGUCCUACAAGGUGAUUACUGCGCGAAACUGCAAUCCCAGUUCGGAAUCACCAUGGCGCAACUGCAGCAGUGGAAUCCAGAGCUGAAUCGCAGCUGCACGAACCUUUUGACCGGGUACGCGUACUGCGUUCACGGCGAAGGCAGCGCCAUCGCUGAUCAGCCUGCCGCGGUAGCUGCGACGGCGACUGCGACGGAGGUGAUGGAGUAAUUGUUCCUUACCUGUUGUUGAGUUAUGAAGUGGUCGGUAAUGAGCAAGAUCGAAACUGCGACCGUUCAAUUCCCUCAGUUAGUUAUUGGGUUAAUCA